GCCUGGUAACAGCGGCAUGCGGCUUCUUGGCCUCACGGCUGCCUCGACCAGCUUUCGCUGCGCUCCGAUCUGGUGGUGCCGCGCUCCUCACUCGGCCACCAACAUUCGCUGUGUCCACACGCAUCACUCCGCCCCGGUAAAGUGCCUACGUGAUCAAACAGGUAUGCUUGCGGUGUAUUGUAAUCACAGGGAGAACAGUCCCAUUCACAAAGGGAUUGUUUGAAAUGUUCCAAACUUGUUUCUGUUCAAAAACUAUGAUAAUACUGUAAGUAUCAUGCUGGACAAACAUUGUCAAACAUACUUUAUCGUAGAGGUCAUACUCUGAGCCCGCAGCCGGCCACUGGAUCCAUGGGAUUACGGGAGGACUGACUACUAUUCUAGCUAGCAAGAUGACCACCUACUUCAGCUACCCCAGCGAAUCCAUGCAGCAGGAGCUUCGCAGGAUUGCUAAUGCCAUCGUGAUGCCCGGCAAGGGUAUCUUGGCAGCUGAUGAAUCCACUGGCACCAUGGGCAAGCGCCUCACUGCAAUCAAUCUUGAGAACACAGAGGAGAACAGAAGGAAGUACCGCCAGCUGCUUUUCACCUCAGACAAGGAACUCGGUAACUACAUUUCCGGAGUCAUCCUCUUCCACGAGACGCUCUAUCAGAAGACCGACGAUGGGCGCCCCUUCGUGGAACUCAUCAAGCAGAUGGGCAUCAUCCCUGGCAUCAAGGUGGACAAAGGUGUGGUACCAUUGAUGGGGUCUGAGGGCGAGAGCACCACCCAGGGCCUGGACGAUCUGUCCCAGCGCUGUGCCCAGUACAAGAAGGACGGUUGUGACUUCGCCAAGUGGCGUUGUGUCCUCAAGAUUGGCAAGAACACACCCAGUUACCUGGGUAUGUUGGAGAACGCCAAUGUCUUGGCCCGCUACGCCUCCAUCUGCCAGAUGAACGGCCUCGUUCCCAUUGUAGAGCCUGAGGUUUUGAUGGACGGCAGCCACGACCUGGACAGAGCACAGAAGGUUACUGAGACCGUACUGGCCUUCGUGUACAAGGCACUCAAUGACCACCACGUCUUCCUAGAGGGCACUCUGCUGAAACCUAACAUGGUGCUUGCUGGCCAGGAAUGCCCCACCAAGUACACUCCUCAACAGGCAGCUGAGGCAACUGUCUUGGCUCUGUCACGCACCGUGCCCGCCGCAGUGCCCGGCAUUUGCUUCCUUUCUGGAGGCCAGUCUGAGGAAGAGGCCACUGUGCACCUGGACGCAAUCAACAAGACCACGGUGGGCAGAAAGCCCUGGUCGCUCACCUUCAGUUACGGACGUGCCCUCCAAGCUUCUGCCAUUAAGGCGUGGAAAGGCACGGAUGUGAAGGCUGGCCAGGCAGAGCUUAUGAAGAGGGCCCGGGCUAAUGGUUUGGCUGCUCAAGGAAAGUACGCCGCGGGAUCCUGCUCUGGCGCAGCUGGGCAAACAGGACUCUUCGUGAAGAACCACCAAUACUAAAACCAAAGACACUAACAUCUAAACGUCAGCAACCGGACAAGUACGCGUGUGCUGACCCCACUCUCGCCUAAAGAAAAGCGUGAGGAACACCGCCGAGGUGGCCGAGUCGAAAAAAACAGAACAAAUAAAAAAGGAGAUGUUCAUAAUGUCAAUUUAUAAUGGUUACAUUUUUUCACAUGGAUAAAUUUUCCACAUUGCAAAGAGCAAUAAGAGUAACAAGAAUUUCAAAA